CCACUAUCGAUUACUUGACACUAUCGGUUUGCGGGGGACACAGCUGUUUUUGUCACGAACGUGACGGCUUGGAAAAAUAAAUUGUAUAAUUGUGUAUUAAAACUCGACUAAUUUGCAAGGCAGACCCAUGGAUCCCAACCUACGUAAUCUCAAGGACUUUCUUACAUUAUACAACAAAGUGACGGAGUUGUGCUUCAGCCGAUGCGUGGAUAACUUGAAUCAACGGGAGCUGGGCGGACAGGAGGACGUCUGCGUGGACAGGUGUGUCACGAAGUUCGCUCGUUUCAACCAGAAUAUGAUGAAGGUAUAUGUGGAUGUGCAAACAACAAUAAACGCCAAACGGAUGGAGGAGGUCGAGGAGAACGCUCGUAAAGCGGAGCAGCAGCAGAGAGAGGAACGCCAGCGUGAGGAGCAGCGCCUGAAAGAGGCCGGCUCCACUUCGGUACUGACACCUGUUCCGGCCAACGCUGCCGGCAACCUGCCCAUGUAGCAGUUGAUCGCCCCGCAGCUGUUGUUCUCGAUCCUAGAUAGCUAAUCUACUCCACCACGCACCAAGAAACCCAAACCCAAGAACACUACUCUUUAAUUACUUAAACCCCAUGCCGCGCAUCUGCCUGCUGGCGCUUAUCGGCCUCCCAGGGGCGGGUAAGUCCUCGCUCUGUGACUGGCUUUUAAGCCAACAAAGUGCUCACCGCGGCCGUUACAUCGUCCACUUGUGCUAUGACGACCUCCUCGACACCCGGCUGGCCUACAGGGACCAGCGCGCUCUCGUCUUCAGGAUCCUCGAACAACUCAUUUCCGCCAUUCACGGAGCCGGUGAGUGGCCCGCCGAGGUUCCACGAACCACCUCACCCGACAGCAGCAACGCAGACUGCAUCAUACUGUGCGACGACAACUUCUACUACCGUAGUAUGCGCUACAAACUCCACCAGCUCUGCCGUUCAGAGGGCUGCACCUACGGACAGAUAUACGUCGCCAGUUCGCUCACAUCCUGUCUACAGAACAACUCCCUGCGCACUGGUAACACUCGAGUGCCGGAUCACGUAAUCCGACAGAUGCACGACCGGCUGGAGCUGCCAUCUGCGGCGGCGUGGGAGGGCGACACUCUCACGGUUUGCGAUGUCCACUCUGAAGCUAUGCGGUUGCCUGUAGUCGGGUUCCUAAACACUUUAUUGGAAAAGACUACAGGGGAGACUCAGCCACAAGUGGCUGUGGAGUCACAGCCACACACACAGUCUGGGGCGCACCGGCUGGACUUGUUGCUGCGGGCCCGCAUAAAGACAAUAAUAGAAGGGUUAGCCGAGCCAAGCGAAAGACAAGAGGCGAGCGGUCGAUUGAACGGGCGGCGUAAGCAAAUACUGACGCAUUUCCGGGCGGAGGAUGACGGCAUGCAGACAGACUUGAAUUGCUAUGUAAACUUGUUAAAUUAAGCUAAGGAUAGGCUAAAUCGUUUGUAUGCAACACUUUCACACAGUGAUAAAUACACAGCCAUGUACAUA